AUUCAUACUCUUGAACAUACAAUACUAAAAAUGGCUCCAACAAGCACCAGAUCAUCUUCCAUCUCUUCCUCCUUGAGUUCAUGCUCUAAGAAUUCCGAGGGGGUCAAGAAGAAGUUCGGAUGCAGUUUCCCAAGCUGUGGGAAAUCAUUCUCCAGAUCUGAGCAUCUUCAUCGCCAUGCUUUGAAUCACAAAGAUGGCAAUAACACCUGUAUGAGAUGUAGUGCCCAUUUUCGUCGACGAGACCUGUUAGACAGACAUAUGUCCCGCCACAAGGAAAAGGACGAUGAGGCUGGGGGACCAGGAUUGGGUAUACUGGCAACAAGAAAGAGGCUUUGGAGGGACACGGACGGGAAAAUAGUCAACUCCAGACGCCCUUCGUACACACAAGAAGGCCCCAAAAGACGCCAACUAAGCCGCCCCGAAAGAAAGACCUCGAAAUCCAGCUCAUCAUCAUCAGAUAGCGACAGAAGACUCUCAAUCAUGACCUCCUUCUCGACAUCACCCCAAAUCCCCAUGUCACGUCUCCCCUCUACUGCCUCGUCAACAAUCGUAGUGGAUACUGGUGACGAAGAUACCCACCACCACAAAAUCGAACCCCAGGAUACCUGGCUGGAGAUGUCGGCCCUGCCCUCCCCCCCAAUCUCCGACUCGGACGUACCUAGCCUCCCCAGUCCAGAUGGCGAGCUCAGCGAAUUCGAUGCGCUAUACGAGGAAACAUGGGCUCCGCUCUCUCACCACUCUCACGGUGGAGGCCUUCCCGAAGUAGUCUCGCCUUCACUCUCAGCCCCAAGACAAUCAGAGUACCCCAACCCGUCGUGGAGCCCUCAGCCCUUCCAGACAUUCAUGGGCGCCAUGUCCGAACUGCCAUAUGAUGAUAUUUUUAAGCCCGAGGCGGGCCUGUAUGAUUGGCAGGCGUGGAAUAGUCAGGUGCUUAUGUCGAGGUGCAGGGAGGAGAAGUUUGAUCCGUACGAGGAGAGGAAGAGGGAAUGGAGUUCGGGGGGUAUGGGAAGAGGUGAAGAGAGUCUUAACACUAGAAGGCCGUUUGGUUUAAGUACUUGUUAG